AUGCUUCUUUUUUGCUCCCCUCCAGCUGGACCUUUCAGUGAGAUCCCCGCUGAGGUCGCCAACAUUCGAAAAACCGCCUCCUUCCAGCUGAUUUUGGCCACAGCACGAGAUGUGCUGACUUCAUUCUGGCACUUCUGCCUUGGCCGCGGCCCCGUGUUUGACUCGGCCGCCGCACGGGGUCCGCUGAUGUCUGCCGUCUGCGUCAUAAUGCGCAUCAGUUACUACAUGCUGCUGGCUUCAUUCCUCUACCUGAUUCCGACCAUUGCCAUCGCACUCUUUUUCAUUGGCAUAAUUGUAAGUUGCGUGCGCUAG